UGAACUUUGCUAAGAUGCUCACUGAGAUCAACGGAUUCUAUUUAAAGUUACUGAAUAUACUCUACAGACUGAUGAUGUUUCUUGAAUCAAUUCCUCUCUUUUUGAUUGUUCUUGUGUUCAGUUCCUCAAUUGAUUCAACUGAACCUUUAAUAAAAGUUCCCGAAACAGAACAAAAAAAAUCUGAAGGAUCAUGUGUCACCAUCUCCUGUACUUAUGAUCCAGGAUAUGAGGAAAACUUGAAACUUCUUUGGUUUAAGAAUCCAGUAUAUGAUGAAAAGGAAAAAUGCUUUAAUGGGACUAUUGUAUAUAGUAACACAGGUGAUCGUCCCCAGUCAGCAGGUUACUCGAGUAGAGUCGAAUACAUCACUGAUAAAACAGAAAAACCCACAAACUCUUGGUUGAAAUGUGAUUUAAGAAUCAAUGAUCUACAGAAGACAGACAGUGGAUAUUACGGCUUUAGAAUCAUUGGCUCAGACAAACACAAGUACAUGAGCACCCCUAUGAAUCUCACAGUUACAGACAAUCAUUGUAAGGUGAAGAUUGAUUCAUCAGAGAUUAAGUAUUCAGUCAAAGAGUCAGAUGAAUUUACUGUUCGCUGUUCAACCUCUGUUUCCUGCUCAUCUCAUCCUGAGUGGAUUCUCCAUAAACCAGGAGAAGAUCCAGAAAGAGUGACGUCAUCAAAUAAUAGAUUCACACAGGAUAAAGAGGAAAACGAGGACAAAAAGAUCACCAGACUAAAAUUUAAUACAACAUGGGAAGAUGACAACAUGAUCUUGUCUUGUCGUCCAGAAGAAAAUCAGGACAGCUGUCUCACUAGAAAUAUCACUCUGUCUGUUGAAUAUGCACCAAAGGAAGUAAAAGCAACAGUGAGCUCUGAUAAUGUGAAGGAAGGAGAUUCUGUUAUUUUCUCCUGCACCUCUAGAGGUCGCCCUAAUGUCACCAUCUCAUGGUUCAAACAAGGGAAGGAAAUAUCACAAUUGGCUGAGUGGAGACUAGUUAAUGUUAAACCCGAAGACAGUGGAGAAUACUACUGCAAAGCUGAAAACAAGUAUGGAAAUGUAGAAUCAAAUACAAUUUCUAUCAAUGUUAAGUAUCGUCCAAAAGAAGUCAGUGUGACACCUGCUGUUUACAUCAGUGAUCUCAGAGAGGGAGAUGAGCUGAAACUGAAGUGUUCAGUGGGGGACAGUAACCCAGCAGUCAACCAGUUUCAAUGGUAUAGGGAUAAUUCCCUGUUAUGGCAUCAAACCAGUCAGACAUUAACCAUCAGUCAAGUUAAACAAUCUUGUCACACCAUCAAAACUUCACCGUUGUACCUCAAAACCCAGGAAUGUACUACUGCACCGCAACCAAUGAUGUUGGGACCUCACAAUCUGAACCCAUCACAUCUGUCCAUGGUUUCGACACUUUGGACUUUUCAGUGAUGAUGUCGUUUUUGACAGGAAUGGAUCCACACAUAGAAAUCCAAAUUAUGGAUCCACACAUAGAAAAUACAAUUAUUUACGAGGUUUAUCAUGACGAAGAAGUAAGA